AUGCCGUCAACAUCGUCUUCUCCGCUACAGCACGGUGCGUCUGCGAGUGUCGCAGCGCUGCCUCCGAUCGUAACAGAUGGGAUCGGCAAACGGACCACAUCCCAGCUGGCGUCGACGCUGGCAAGAGAUCGCCUGUCUACCUACUCGAAUACCUCCUUUGCCUCUCAGAACCGGUCCCGUCCCGGAUCGCAUGUCUUCCCGAUCUUCCAUUCUAGCCUGCCGUAUACGCUGGUUCGAGAUUUCGCAUACCCAGUCACUCACCCCCUCCACUAUGGCCCCCCUCCGAAUCGCGCCUCGACCCUUUCGUCGCCAGCGAGCGAACAGCAGCGCCGUCUGUCUGAUCCGCCCGGCACAUGGGACGGCUGGCGGGGCCACUGGUCGGCCGGACCGUGGGCUGCUGAAAGCGGCCAGGGCCACCAGCAUUUACCGGCCAUGUCCUUUGGCGAUGGUCCGCCCUACAGCGAGGAUGAAGACCUGCACAGCCCCGUGGUAACCAUGUCUCGGCACCGGAAAUACAAAUCCACGGGAAUCGAUAUGAUGCUGAACGGCCAGGGUGCCGCCCGAAGCUCGAACCAGGGCUACCAAUACCGCAGCUCGGUCUAUUUCACCCAGGAUGCGGAUCGCGGCACUUUGGUCAGCACGAAUGCCGACGGCAGCGAGACCUAUUACGUGGACGAUGACGAUGCGGCAGACGAUGGGCCCGGCGGAGAGUAUGUGACGUAUCCCGCCAGUGAGAGCCGAUAUUCGCAGAUCGACCAAGACCCCUCCUACUCUGCCUACGACGGCCCGCCCAGCCAUGGACAUGAGGCCGGCUUCGAGUCCGAGGAGGAGGAAGAGGAGGAGGAGGAGGAAGCGCGGGGGGAGGCGGGGGGUGGUCGAUAUUCGCGCGACUACCAGUUUGCCGUGGGCUGUCCCGACGAGGAGAUGCAUGGCAAGGCGGUUGCCCUCUUCGACUUCACGCGGGAGCACGAGAACGAGCUGCCGUUGACGGAGGGACAAGUCAUCCUCGUCUCCUACCGCCACGGGCAAGGCUGGCUGGUCGCGGAAGAUCCCAAGACCGGGGAGAGCGGGCUGGUCCCCGAGGAGUUUGUGCGGCUGCUGCGCGACAUCGAGGGCGGUCUGACCUCGCUCAACGAUGACACCUCGUCGGACAUGCUGGGAACAAACACAUACCUCAGCCCAGACUCGACGGAUUCCGACCAAGCGCUCACCCCGACGCAGAGCGACCGGCUCCCCAUGAUGGACAGCUACUCGAAUGACCCCCAGGUAUGCGACACUUCUUACUUUCCGUUGGACAAUUUUCUCUCUCCUGCUAACACGCGCGGCAAGGAAUAGCCCCGAGUAUGAAUCUCCUUGUUGUAAAUAUAUGUGAUUUAUGUCUUGCCUGUAUCCUUUUUUGCCCUGCUUUCUCACAUCCAUUGGCCAUUUUGUCAUUCUUGGGCUUCAGCGCGGCGC